AAUUAUUUGCAAAAUAAAGGAAUAUUGAUUUCCUGGUGAUGUUGACAUUAAAGCAACAUAUUUAGCGUCUGAUACACAUGUCAUGCCAAUUAAUUAAAACUGUUUAAGCCAUCCACUAGAAUUAUCGAACUCGGGAACCAAGUACACUAUGAAAGUUUCACUUUUCGUCUUGGCACUGUUGUCAAUUUUCAAUUUGGCAAUUCCAGAGGAUUGUGACAAGAGUGACUAUGUUUAUAAAUACACACAAUGUGAUGUAAACGGGGACAGAUGGGUCGUGUCAGUUCCUAAAGAUGGCUGCCAACCCAGAAAGGAUGAUAUCACCGUACCUAGAAAAGGAACAAAAUGCUCAUUUACGUGCGAGAAGGGUACCUAUCUUGACAUUGCCAGUCAGCAGUGCAAGCACUGUCCAGCAGGGACAUACUCCCGGGGUAGUGCCGCUCACUUUGACGACUGGGACACACUUCCCAAUGGCUUCUCGGCUUCUACAGAAUCUAUUGCUGCAUACGAGUCUGAUGCCCCCUCUAACUGUUCCUCAUCUGAGUGGACACCAAAGAGCACAUACAUAGCGGUCACGCCAUCUGACUGUAUUUCCAAACUGACGUUCUCCGCCAGCCUGAUGAAGCCAGGAACUGUACAGUUUGAAUACCAAUAUAACUAUGGCGACACUGUCAUGUUUCAUGUCUCUGUACAGAACGAUCAAUGUCAGUCCGCUAACGACCAAGAAUCCUCCCUGUGGCCAGACAAAACGAGCGGCUCUUGGAAAUCAGACUCUCUUAAACUUAAGUCUGGUUACAAUGUUAUCACCUGGUCAGUGUUUGGAUAUGACACGACUGAAUCAGCUUCCCCUAUCCUGCUCAGGAAAGUCCAUGUAACAAACGUGGCCUAUGCAUCAGACUGUGCCAAGUGCCCAGCUGGGAGCUACAGUAGCGAAGGUUCAGAAUUUUGUUCCGAGUGCCCCAUCAACACCUACUCCAGCAAGGGGGCAGAGGUCUGUGAAAGAUGUGACCAUGACACCCAGUAUGCUGGGUAUGGGUCUACAGAGUGCAAGACCCGACCAGCCUGUAGUGAAGAAGACUACUACCACUCUAUGAAGCCGUGUGAAGAUGGCAAGACGGCCAAUGUGUACACAUGGAUCCAGCCCCAGAUCUGUAACCCAAACCUGUCGGGCUCCAUUCCACUACCCCCUGAGUCUGAGCCCAUAGACUGCAUGGCAUGUAACUCUGGCAUGACCCUUGACCCUGCCACCAAGAGGUGCACGUACUGCCCACCUAAUUUCUACUCAGACGGCACUGUAUGUAAACCGUGUGGAACUAACACUGCUCCCGAUUAUAGCUACUCCUUCAUGCGCUGGAAUUCCAUUCCAGAUGUCAUAGGGACAGCUUGUAUUCCUUUUACAGAGAAGGAGUGUAGUAAUGACACCAAGUGGCUGGCAUUUGGAGACCACAUAGAGUCCCACUUUGCUCGCGGGGAAAGUGCCUACCUUGUUCUACAGGUGAAGGUGGCUGGUUUCCGGACCCAGCAUGUAAUGGGGGAGGGAGAGUCAAGCUCGGUUGGUCAACUCAAGAUGACGUUUGAGACUCAGUGUGAGGGUUUCUGUCAGAUUGUCAUCCUCUCUGAUGACAGUGGAAAAGAGGAUGUUAUCUCAGCCUGGGAAUAUCAAACAAAGGAAACCAACUUUGUGUAUAAUUUCAAGAAGAAUACAUCGUUCACAUUGUCUGUGGCGUUCCAGAACUCAGGCUGGAUGUUAAGAGACAGCCUGAACAACUCCACUAUGAAGAUCUCCUCCCUUGAGGUCACGAACACCAUCAACGGUGGCGCAAGCAUAUGUCACACUUGUCCUAAGGGAAAAGGCCAGAACGGAUGUAUACCCUGCCCCGAUGGGCAGUACAUUGAUGUUAACACAACGUCAUGUGUAUCUUGUCCCCCUCGUACGGUUGUCCCGAGUCACAAUGCGUAUGGGGUAGAGUCAUGUAAGCCGUGUGGGAGAGGCCUCACUGUGUUCAAGGGGCGUAGUUGUAUCUCCACGGGUGUGUUUACUGACGAUCUUGGACGCACAUUUGACUUGAGGAACCUCACUGCCACGUACAAGUUUAUGCAGGGGAGCCUUCUGUUUACAUCGUCCGGUACCCAGUACUACCACGGCUUCAACAUCUCACUGUUCGGGGAACCAGACAAGUCCUUUGUCAUCUGUGAGAACAAUGUCACACAGAACGCUUCCGAUGGAGCCUCCUUUUCUCAUUUUAACGCCCAUCCGGAUCAGCCUGAUAUAACAAGUGCUAUAAACGAGCCAAAACGUCUUGUGGCGAAGAUCUGUCGCUCCACGCUGGUCCCGGCAUCAGAGGAUGGCAAGUCUGUUAUGACUACUCAGUCUACAAGCUUGGGAGAUUUCCUUGUCGAGAUCGUGCGUAAUGAAUCUGUGACCACAAUCCCCGACUCUAAGUGGAGCACAUAUACGGACAUCUACAAUGCCAGCGGGUUUGACACAGCAGAAGUUGAUAAUGACAUUCAGGUGCAUUUCAAAACAGACAGUGGUACCCAUGCCUGUCCCAAUGGUCGUCACACACUGAUCUCGCUGCGCUGUGACCAGGAUGCGAAGGGUCAGGGGGAGAUAAAAUUGCCACCCUCGUGUCCAGAUGCAACUUGUAAUGGGUGUGUGUUCCACUUCCUGUGGCUGACACGUGCCGCCUGCCCCGUGUGCAGGAAGGAAGACUUUGAUAUGGUGCUGGGCAUGUGUGAAAAUGGCUACCAGACAGUCCACUACAUCAACUCUGGGAAAUGCCUGGUACCAGACAGCCUCCAGGGAAUCAAGGAACAAAAGAAGUGUAUUAUGCUUCUUGCUGCUCUUCCCAUUGCUUUCCAGAUAGCGAUCCCCAGUGUUCUUGGCUUGGUUCUGCUCUGUUUCUUUGUCGCCUGCAUUCUUUGGAGAAAAAACCAGAAGCUUGCGUACCGAUACAUGAAGCUGGUGGAGAACUCUCAGACUGGGGAGGUUGAGCUGCCGGGAGCGGACAGCUGUGCUCUGGAGGAAGAUGAACAUGAGGACGGAGACUCAGUGGCCAUCAGGGGCGGCAAGGGAGCCAGGUUCUUUAAGAAACUCACUAACAAGAUUAAGAAGGAUGAUGCCUUUGAGUCAGCUGUUUUGAACGAGAGAAUGCCACUGACAUAGGAUACCAUGCUAACAGUGACCAGGGAAAUGUUGCUACACCAAAGUGAUUUUACACAAAGAUUUACCCAGAUUUUCAAUUGUUAAUACAAAAAUCUUUAUGAACCCUACAAGUUAAAUUUUGGCAGUGCAGUUCAAGGUCAAACUAACUCUUUAUUGUUUUGAAGUAUUUUGUACAGGUACCCCUGAUAUUUGUUUCAUUCUAUGAUUGGGCCUUGCCCUUUGAAUAUCUAAUAACUUAGGAUUGGUUUUUAGCUUAUUAACAUAAUAUCAUUAAUCAGAAUGUGUGUUUCUAUGAAACUGCCUUUACUAAUCUCACAAGGUUAAUUUCUGGCCAGUCAACACUGGUAAGAAUCAAUCACAUAUUUUUAUGAUUUUAAAUCAAAAUGUGUAUUAUUUGUAACAUUGAGUGGUCCUUUUAUACGCCUGUUAUUUAAAAACAGGACAUUUUAUAGAUAAACCUGCGGCAAAUGGGCUGGCGUCCAGUAUCUUGUCCGUUCAAUUAAUUUAGAAGCCUUUAUUCAAUCAUCACCAAAUUUGGUCACAAUGUAAAUUGGCUUUAUAUCUUGGACAAGUUCAUUAGCCAGUCAUAUUGCUUUUAUCAUCGGAGGGUUAUCACUCUUUAAUUAUAGAAAUUACCAUGGAUCUUUUCUGCUCAAUAACUUUAGAAGCCUUUGUCCAAUCACCAAACAAAAUGGUGAGAUGGUCUAUUGGAAUUAUAUCUCGUACAAGUUAAAUAACCAGCCACAUCACUGUAGUCACUCAAGAGUUAUUGCCAUUUAAUUUGUCUAAAAAUAUGUCUUGUCUGAUCCUUUAUUUAAGAAUUCUUAGACCAAGCAUCACUAAAUUUGGGCAUAUGUUUUAUAGGAACAAAUAUUUGGACUAGCAAUAUAGUUUAAGUCUUUCAAUAGUAAUCACCGUUUAUUCAUAUAAAUUACCUAAAAUUAGUCUUGUCCAAUCAAUUACUUUAGAAACCGUAUCGAAUCACCAAAUUUUGGUCAGAAUGUGUAUGGGCAGAAUAUCUUUGUAAGUUUGAUAUCUAGCCAUGUCACCUGAGUCACCCUAGAGUUAUGACCCUUGAAUUGGCAAAACUGUAUUUACAAUGUCCACUCUUAAAAUUUGGUUGAACGUUCCACCACUUAUCACCAAACUUGGUAUUGAUGAAUUAUGAUGGGGGUAUUUUGUGACAGUCAGAGCUCAUGUUACACAUGUUUUGGGUUGAAUAGUUUCGAUUAUUCGUCUACUCAUUUGUUUCUUUCUUACUUUGGAACUUGUUUUGUUGAUUGUGUUCAGAUAGUUUAAUAAUUAAAUAAUGAUAAUUAUUGAUACUGAUAAAUAUGAAUACUCUGUUUUUUAAUGAAAAGAGCUAUGUUCUACAAUUAUUAUUUUUUAUGUAAAAGCAAAAUGAACACAUUCAAAGAGUUUUAUGUAAUAUUGAAGUAUGGAUAAUCCAAGAAUCUCAUGUGAUAGUGAAAAAGAUAUUCCAAAAAGUUUACGUGGUAUUGAAGUUUAAAUAAUUGAAGAAUUUUAUGUGAUAUCAAAAUAUUAAUAGUAAAGUAUUUUGUGUUCAGCGAAGUCCAUUUUGAUAUUGAAAUGUGCAAUUUGUGGUUGUGUUUUGAUUUUCUAUUUAAGGGUAAUUUUGUUGUUACAUUGAACAAUUUUAUGAAGAACAACAAUUUUUACAACAUAUCUUCUAAUGUGUUCUUGUUAAUAUAUUUUUCCUUUAAGAAUCUCAUCUGUUGCCAUGUUUACGGGCAUUUGUUUGGUUUAUUCUGUUGUGUUUUUGUUUUAUUACUAAUGACAAUGGUUGUGGAAUAUUUUACUCUGACAGCAUUCAUGACAUUGUUCUGUUUUUCCUUUAUAGUAGCUGUAGAUCUGAUAUGUUUUUAUGGGUAUAAUAAGUGUAAUAAAUCUUACAUAAAUGCAUAUUUAUCAAAACUUAAUAUAUUAAUUAUUUAACUUGUCUAUUAGAUGAAAGUUAUUGUAUACAUUGAUUGCCUGGGAAGUAUAGUUUAAGACAAAUGCAUAGAAGUAGAUUGAAUAUACAUAUAUACUGUGGUCGAUUAUAUAAAAGACAGAAGACAAUUCUCAAUAAUUAUAUAGUUGAACCCCAUUGGCUUGGACUCCCAGGGACCAUCGAACGAGGAAUUCAAGCCAAGCGAAUUUGAGCCAGUGGGGUCCAACUGUAUGUUAUAUGUAUUUAAUUUUUAAGGUUGUGAGUUUUUUUUAAGUAAGCUAUUAUAGAUGUCAUCAAUGAGAAUGUAAUAUUCAAAGUUCAGACAUUUGAAUGUCUGAUGAAACAAGGAUGAUACUUCUUCUGACAAAAUACAUUCCGUGACAUUUGCCCCUUGAUGUAGAGGGAGAACGAUAGAGGGAUAUUGGUGUCCGCUUGCUCUUUCUGAUAAGUAUAGGUGAUGAUUCGGAAAUAACAAUUACUGGAAAUAUCAACAUAAAUCAUCACUCAUUUAUUUAAGAAUAGAAACUUACAUGGAUAGAUAAUAAUUGGUUAUGAGAAAUCCAUUCAAUUGUGUAUUAUUUAUGAAUUUCUUGGUUAUUUUAUCUGAGGAGACAUGCAUAUAAUGCAUUAAUUGAUGUGGUGUAGGUUUACAUGAAUGUAUUGUUAUUACAUAUGAAUUCCAUUUAAUAAAUAAUUCCAAUGUCUUUUUUUAUGUAUAAGCUAUUGUUUACUGAUAUAUAUUUAUGUCUAUGUUGUAUAUUUUGUGUAUAACACAGGUUUCGAAACUGUUCAAUGUUCUAAGUUUUAAUACAGUGAGAAGUAUUGAUAUAGUUCUGCUUUCGGUUUAGUCUGUUGCAAUAUGUCAUGUACGGUAUCUAAAUGUGUAACAUACAAUGUCAUAAUCUUAUGUUUGAUGUAUAUGUUGAAUUAAAUAUGUUUAAUAUUAAAAAAAUAAAUUAUACGAAACAAGCUGUUUAAUAAUAAUAAUUUAAGUUUUGUUUUUUGAUGUGUGUGAUUUGUAUGAUGUUUUGUACGUGAUUUUCAUGACUUUCCACAUGUUUUCUUAUUUUAAUUAUGAUCUUCUUCAACAUUCCAGUGCACCACAAUGUUAAUCCUCACACAGACAAAAUCUGCUGGCUUUUCAAAUUCAAUGAUUUACACUCUAUACAAAUAGGUUUUUCAUUAACAAAACAGCCUGGUUGAAAAUUAUUCUUUUGUUAACAGUAGCUGUUAUUUCAUUUCUAUUUUCUUUUGCAAAACUAUGAUCUAUAUAGAAACAUGCACAUGUAGAUUUUUGUUUGACAAUAAUGGAAAAGGGUUUGGUUGAGUUUGGAUUGAUGGAUUAUUUUUUUCCUAAUUUUGUCUCUUUAUAUUUCUGUGCAGUACAUAAUUGGCAUGGUUUUUUGCUUAUUAGUUUCAUAUUUCUUUUUCUUCAACUUAUAAAGAAAAAUCCUUUCAUUUUUGAAAACAGUGUGGUGUGAAUAAUGGUUUAUAUUGUCUUGUCCUGAGCGAAUGCGUGGAUAUACCAAAAAUGUGAAAAAGGCAAAAGAAAGCAUGAUUAUAAUUGUGGCUUUUGAUGUGAACGACUAAUAGGUUGGACUCAGCAUCAUUAUUACCUUGAAUGAUCUUAUCUUUGUUAUCUGUUUUCAUAAUUAUGAAUUCCCUAAAAAGAACUUGAAUUCCCAUACAACUAUAUAUGUACAAGUAGAUAAGAUUUAACUUUAUGGAUUUAAUUGUGUGUGAUAAGAUAAUCUUUAUUUAAUGUUGGUAACAUUCAAAUAGAGGAACAUUACUUAUAAUAAGUAUAAGCUAUUGUAAGAUAAAAUAAGAUUAUCCAAUAAUAAACAUACAUACAUCGUGGAAAAAGAGGAGUAAUAUAACAACAUUUAUCACAGAAUAAAAGUAAUUUCUAAGUCUGAAUAGUUUUAAAUGGAGGGAAAGAAUGCGUUGAAAUGGAUGCCUUGGAUAUACACUUUUGUGUUCUGCAUAAAUUAUGUCAUAGUCAUUUCUUAAGUGUUCUAUUCAUAAUACAGAUCCUAGUUAUAAUCCUUUCAUUUAAUUUACUGAUAUAUCUAAUUUUAUCAUCAUCUCAAUAAAUUAACAGUUUGACUCAUUGUGAGAUUUUCCAAACACUUCACUUCUAUUGCCGUUUAGGUAUAUUAUUUGUUUCAUGAACCAUUUCUUUUCAACUUCGUCCUUUUAUCUACUCUUGCAGUUUAUUCAAAUUGAUUAACCAGAAAAGUUGUAAAUAGUUGUGAUUUUAUGAAUUAUUGCUUUAUAUUUCUUCCUAGUCUGAUCACAAAACUCAUUUUCAUCCUAAUGUUUCCUUGGGAUGCAACUUCAUAUUCUUCUUGUAUCAAAUAGUAUUAAGUCUACCAUGCUUUGUCUAACAUAGGACACAGUAACUGUUGUCUACUGUGGGGGAAUCAUAUUUGCUAAUUACAAGUAUAACAUUCUGGCAGAGAAAACAAGAACUGUGCAUAAAAGGAACUUGCUAAAAAAUAUUUUCCAUCCUGGUACUUGAUAAGAACAUUUUUUUAUUUUGAUCCUCCAAUCCACACAGUAAUCCACAUUUUAUUAUAACAGAAAAUGCCCAUACAAUAUCUGACAUUUUUUCAGAUUAUUUUCUCAAUAAUCUAGUGUGCUUUUUCAAAUGUUUUUGUCUUAGAAAUGGUAUGUAAUAUCAUGCACAGUUUACUUUAUUCCCUAGUUUAUUAUGGAAGUGCAUAGUUUGUCAAUGUGUUCUUUUCCUUACGUACCUCUUAUUAAUAUGUGUAUAUUCCUCUGUACCGAUCCUGUUCAUGCUGACACAAUCUGUUUCAAUGUUUAUGCCUUAAUAAAUCCUAACAUCUUA